AUGACAAGGUUGGUUAAUGUUCACACUUGUAAUAGUGUGAUUCGUUUGCAGAAGAGUAAGAUGAUGGGAUCCAAGGUUGUCAAGUCUAUUGUGCUUGAUAAGAUUCUUUGGUAUGGUACGGAGUUGGCAAAAACAGCCUUGCAUGGUGAUGAAGCUAAGUCUUAUGCUCCGCUACUUUGGUUCAGUGAGUCUGUUAUGAAGUCAAACCCCGACUCUAGGAUAGUGGUUGAGUUUCAUCUAGAAACACACAGGUUUCAGCGUAUGUUUGUGACCUAUGGUGCAUGGAUGAAGGGUUUUCAAUUUUGUAGACCUAUUCUUUUCAUUGAUGCUACAUUCAUUACCAAUAAGUACAAGGGGCAGAUUAUUGCUGCAUCGGCAAAGGAUGCCAAUCAAGGCUUGUAUCCAGUUGCUUAUGCUAUUGUGGAUUCUGAAAAUGAGAGUAAUUGGAGAUUUUUUCUUAAUGUUUUGGCUGAAGAGUUUGCAAAACACCCUAUGAGGAGGGUGACGUUCAUUUCUGAUCGUCAUGUUGGGCUUGCUACUGGUUCUUACCUUAAGGAUCAGAUUCCUUACUUGUUUAUGUGUUGUGCUUAUUUUCGCACACCGGAGAUGUAUGAGUUCAACAUGGAAAUCUUGAGGAGUGAAGGUGGCGACAUAGUUGCUCAAUUUCUGGAGGAUCUUCCCAAGGAGAACUGGUGUAUGGCUUACUUCAACGGUGAAAGAUUUGGUGUAAUGACAAAUAACUUGGCUGAGUCUUUCAAUAAUUGGGUGUUGCCUUUGAAGAGUCUUCCUAUUCUUGAUAUUAAUGAUGGGAUUAGAGUGAAGUCCAUGGCUUCAAUUGCUGCUCAGAAGCAGGAUGCUCAAGAAUGGUUUUCUGAGUUGUGCCCGGUGAUUGAAAAGAAGCUGAAGGAGAAUUUGGAAGUCGGAAGGCAUUGGAGAGUGAGCAGGUCUGAUACCUAUGUGUAUGAAGUUCACUGCCAGAAGUACAAUAGCAUGGUAAAUUUGGAAACUCACUUUUGUUCGUGUGGAGAAUGGCAGCUGUAUGGCUUCCCAUGUUCCCAUGCCCUUGUAGUGAUCCAACAACAUGGUUCUUCCCCGUAUUUGUAUGUCAAUGAGCUGUACAAGGUGGAGAAAUAUCGAGAAACUUAUUCUUUCCCAAUUAAUCCUCUUCCCUCUAUUUCGAAGCAAGUGCAUGAUUUUGGUAGAGAUGCAGUGAUAUUGCAGCCUCCUUUGACUAGAAGAUCACCGGGAAGGCCUAGAAAGAAGAGGUUCAGAAAAAGGAGCGAGCAAACCAGGGUGAUCAAGUGUGGUAGGUGCGGAAAAUGUGAUGGUCACAACAGAAAGAGUUGUACAGCUCUGAUAUAG